CGCUACUGCUCUUAAAGGAGACGCAUCCUAAACGGGCCUAUUCUCGGUUAAAGAAAUAAGAGGUUUGCUAUAGCUUUAAGAAGUAAAUAAUGCUGAAUGUUAGUAAAAUUAUAUUCAUCAUACAACGUAACUUUUUUUUAUUUAUUAAUAAGCUAGUUGAAUGAAAUGCUUGCGUAGUGACUAAACAUUUACUCUUGAGCGAGCUAACAAAACUUGGUCCCAACAGGGCCUUUAACGUCAACGUUACGUUUGUCUUAGACUACAUUUCUGUUCACAACUGACGUUAACUAAUUACAAAGGUCUGUAAGGGUCAUAACAGUUAAAUAAGAGCAGCAUGGACUCUGAAGUAGACGAGGUUUCAGGUACUCGUCCUGGGAUUGAGAUAACCGGAGACUCAACGGAGGCCACCAAACCAUCACCGGACUCGACUGAACCGUCAAGCGGGAGAAGGGGAAGUAAAAGGCUAGUGAAAGCCGCAGUGACCACCUCGGACUCCGGUGACUCUCAGUCCGGUGUUCGUGUUUUGCGAGCCAGGGGAGCUGAAGCUGGCAGGACUAACGUUAAUGAGUCAAAGAAUGCCACUUGCAAGCGCAAGCCUACGAUUAUGCUCCGUGGACGUGGGAGACCUGCGGGAUCACGUUCCAAAAACACACCGGCCAUGCAACCACAGAUAAAGAAAUCCACUGCCAAAAAAGCAUCCAAACACACUCUUGGACCAAAGCUGUCCAAAUCUAAAAAAGGCAAAGGGAGACCUCCAACCCAAGCCUCUCACAUCCCACCAGCAACAACAUGCAAGCCUGAAGCAGAGAUGGAGGCUUCGUUGUGUGAAGAGGAAACUGGUUCUUUCAAAGGAAGCGAUGACAGCGUUGCAGAUCCAGAUGCAGCUGUUGACGAGGAUCCCUUAUUCAGAGAUGACCCAAGUGACCUCAUCUAUAACCCUGAGACUAAGACGGAAAGAUCAAGGCGCCAUACAACGUUAAAACAAAAGGAAGUCAAGAAGGAGGAGUCAGAAAAUGAGGAGGAAGAAGAUGACAUUAAAAAGGAAGAAUCAACCGAGAUUGUUGUGCAGAGUGAAGUUGGAGUGGGCAGUAACACAGAGCCACCCAGGAAGAGAGGUAGACAACAAAAAGAUGACAAAGUCCCUCGGCUGCCAAAACAAAGGAAAAAGCCCCCAGUGCAGUACGUCCGCUGUGAAAUCGAGGGCUGUGGUACUGUAUUGGCCCACCCACGCUACCUACAGCACCAUAUCAAAUACCAGCACUUGCUUAAAAAGAAGUAUGUGUGUGAUCACCCCUCCUGUGGGCGCUUGUUUCGUCUGCAGAAGCAGCUGUUGCGCCAUGCUAAACAUCAUACAGAUCAAAGAGACUACAUCUGUGAGUUUUGUGCUCGUGCCUUCAAGAGCUCUCAUAACCUGGCUGUGCACAGGAUGAUUCACACAGGAGAGAAGCCAAUACAGUGUGAGAUCUGUGGCUUUACCUGCCGUCAGAAGGCCUCCUUAAACUGGCACAUGAAGAAGCACGAUGCAGAAGCAUCCUACCAGUUCUCUUGCUCCAUUUGUAGCAAAAAGUUUGAGAAAAAGGACUCCGUCGUUGCCCACAAGGCCAAGAGCCACCCUGAGGUGCUCAUAGCUGAAGCCCUAGCAGCUAAUGGGGGCUCAGUAAUAAGCAGUCCCAUCCCAAUCCCAGAAACUGUCCCAGUACUCACCCCGACCCCAGAGACUGUCCCAAUGCUCACCCCGACCCCGGAGACUGUCCCACUGCUCACCCAGUCCGACCGACCCUCUGUCAGCCAGGGGAACCAUGAAGUGGUGAAUAGUACACUCACUCCACUGCAGCAGGUGGUGCUUCCGCUCGCUCCACAGACUCCGUUAGAUGUAUCUCAGGGCCAGUUCCUCCAGCUGCCCACGCAACAUGUGGUGCAGGUGGCACCUCAGCAGCAAGUCCCCACCUUGCUGCACCUCACCACUGCUUCUCCUGCUCACCUCUCCAGCAUCAGCCAUCCUCAGCUCAUCCACCUCUCCACCGUUCCUACCAGCACUGUUGCAUCCAUGACCCUUGCGGACCCACAGAGCACCCUCCUCACCCUAAGCUCCGUCAGCACACUGGCCUCCACAGCCUCCCUGUCUUCCCAGCAGGCUCUACAGUGGGGCAGGGAGACUCAUGAGGAUACACAGCUACCUGGGGAGGGGGAGCUGUGGGACAGGGUGGUGGUGGGUGGCGAUCAUCAGGAUGUAGAGGAAAUGAUGUGGGAGGGAAACGAGGAGAGGAGGAAGGAAGAUGAGGGAAUUGUAUGGGAAAGAGAAGGAGGAAGACAGAUUAUUUUACAGUGUGCCGAAGUUCAUGAAGAUAGUUUAAUCUAGCUAGAAGGCCAUAAAAUGAUCUGAACAGAAACGUUAUGCACAGUAAUGUUUUUUUAUUUAAGAAAGGAACAAAAGACUUGAAGGACCUGUCAAAAUUUUAAAAGCUGACAUUUCAAAAAUUAAAGACUUUAUCUCCAUGGGGUGUAACACAGUAGUCAUAUCAAGUACAUAGCUACAGAGAGCAACUUAUAUCAGGGAGUAUGAUUUAUAAUAUUAUAGAUCACAUACACUUCUUUUUCCAAUUAUUGAAUAUUUUGUAACCUUUUGGUUUUGUCACCCUUGUGUUUGAAUGUAUGUGUGUAUGUUAAAAGACUGCAAGAAGAUUGCACAUAUUGUACAAGAAAGUCACAAUUAUAUCCCUCAUUUCCACACGUGAAUGUAUGGUGACAUUGACAUAAUUGGGUCAACUCUAGUAGUUUCAGUUACUUUAAAGUUACAAAACAAAUUAACUGUGAGCAACAACUACAACCAAAUGAGGUUAUUGGUGUAAAAUAUUUGUUGUGAGAUUACAAUAAAAUACAUAUUAAAAAAUGUAAUUUCAUUUUUAGUCUGGACCUUUUAGACUAUUCUAUUUUGAAGAAUAAAAAGAAGACUAAAUCUAUAUUAGGACGUUUUUGAAAUCCUUUGAGAAAUGCGAGAUCUUGUGUUUCACAGUAGACAUUUUGAAUUGUCAUAGUAGGAAAAGCAUAUAAGUUACUAUAUUAACAAUGGCUCUGUUCUAUUCAAGUGUCCCGGUAGGUCAUGAAAGUGUGACAGUAAGCCUGCAUGCUAUGCAACAUGUUAAAAUGUAUUGUGAAAAAAAGCACAUUACCUCAUUAAUUUUCUAAAGAAAAGAUUUAAAUUGC